GUUCAUUAUUGUAUUUGUUAUAAGUUCUUUAUAAAUUAAUGAAUGUCUGAGAGUGACUUAGAGUGUGCUAACGAAUAUACUAGCCUUAUGGAUAGUCAUGUUGGAACUGAACUUUGCACAGAUAGUGCAUCAUUAGCCAUAAAACAUAAAAUAGGCUCAAAAGUAGCUAGCAGUAUUGAAAUGGAAAAUGGUAUACCUGAAGUUCAUAUUGAAGGUGAUAUUAAUAGAAAUCGAAGAGAAUAUCAAGGAUCCAGUCCACUGGGGAAUCCAAUAGAUGAACAAGAUGAAGUAGAAGAAGAACUAAAAUACGGAGCUGAACAUGUCAUAAAAUUAUUUGUUCCUGUUUCAUUAUGUAUGUUGGUAGUUGUAUCUACAAUUAGCUCUGUACGCUUUUAUACUCUUAAAGGAGUUUACUUAGUAUACACACCAUUCCAUGAAGAAACAACAGAUUCAGGCACAAAAGCUUGGCAGGCUUUUGCCAAUUCACUAAUAUUAAUGGGAGUGGUAGUUUUUAUGACUGUGAUAUUAAUUGUUCUGUAUAAAUACAGAUUCUACAAAACCAUUCAUGCAUGGUUGAUCAUUAGCUCUUUAAUACUCCUUUUUCUAUUCACUUCUUUAUAUUGUGAAGUUGUAUUAAAAGCUUAUAAUAUACCAAUGGAUUUAAUAACAUUAACUAUUGGAUUAUGGAAUUUUGGAGUUGUUGGCAUGCUAUGUAUUCAUUGGGAAGGUCCAUUAUUUCUACAACAAGCAUACCUUAUUUUUAUAGCUGCUAUGAUGGCUCUUGUUUUUAUUAAAUAUUUACCAGAAUGGACAGCUUGGACUGUCUUAGCUGUCAUAAGUAUUUGGGAUUUAAUAGCAGUUCUGACACCAAAAGGUCCACUAAGAAUUUUAGUUGAAACUGCUCAGGAACGAAAUGAGUCAUUAUUCCCUGCAUUGAUUUAUUCAUCAACUGUUAUGUAUGCAUUUACCUUAAGUUUUACGGGAUAUAUAUCUGCAGCUACAAUGGCUAGUGGAGACUCUGGUACUGGGGACAGUAUAUCAUCUCCUGCCAGAAUUCAGCCUCAAAAUCAGACUAACUCUGUAGCUAGUGAUGCAGAAGAGGGUGGGUUUACAAGAGAAUGGUUGGAAACACAUGUUGAUCGUAGUACACGCAGAGCACAAGAAAUUAGGGAAAAUGUUCAGGCCAAUCAACCAAAUACAGUACAGAUUGACUCUUCAUUACAGCAAGCACAAGUUAAUCAGCAACAGAUAAUGCAACAGGAGAGAGGAGUAAAACUGGGAUUAGGAGAUUUUAUUUUUUAUGGUGUACUUGUUGGGAAAGCUUCCAGUUAUGGUGAUUGGAAUACAACUUUAGCAUGUUUUGUUGCUAUAUUAAUUGGAUUGUGCUUAACAUUACUAUUAUUAGCAAUAUUCAAAAAAGCUCUGCCAGCCUUACCAAUUUCAAUAGCAUUUGGAUUAAUAUUUUAUUUUGCAACAUGUGUAAUUGUUGCUCCAUUUUCUGAUAGCCUUGCUAGUGAGCAAAUAUUUAUUUAAUUUUCUGUUCCAUAAUAAAUGAAGCUCUAAUUUAU